CGCUUGCUUGGAAACUGGGAUAUUUUUGCCGUUGCGGAUAAAACCCACCCCAGCCCGCGCCUCGCAUAUCCUGGAUUCUCGGCGCUAGCUGCGUCGCGUCGCCAUGGCUCUCCCCCUCGCCCGCCUCCUCCUCCUCCCCACGCUCCCUGCCUGCCUGUGCCAGCCACCGCUGCGCUUCCGCUUCCCCAAGCGCCACGCUGCGGCUCGCCGCAGCCACGUCUCCUUCGUUAUCCCCACCACCGCCUACCCCCGGGGUAACCGCGCCGCCUGCGCCGCUAGCGCCUCGGUGGCCCCGCCCCCCGCGGCGCCGACGGAGGCGGAGGCAGAGGCGGAGGAACCCGUGGGGCCGAGGACGCGGCUCGUGGCGCAGAACAUCCCGUGGGACUGCACGGCUGACGACAUGCGCGCGCUCUUCGAGAAGCACGGCUCCGUCGUCGACGUCGAGCUUUCAAUGUACAAUUCCAGUAAAAACAGGGGAUUGGCAUUUGUGACCAUGGAUUCAGAAGAGGAUGCUCUUGCAGCUUUCAACAAUCUUAAUUCAACUAUUUUAAAUGAUAGAAAAAUUAAGGUGGACUUUGCAAGGCCUAGAAAGAAGCAACCUGUUAUGGCAUCAGAUACCAUGCCAAAGUAUAUUGUGUUUGUUGGAAAUUUGACAUGGAGAGUUAGAUCUCGCCACCUUCGAGAAUUAUUUGAAUCAGCCCCAGGUUUCCUAUCAGCUGAAGUUGUCUUUCAUACCACCACUCCAAGGCGAUCUGCUGGCUAUGCAUUUGUUUCUUUUUCCUCAAAAGAGGCCACAGAGGCCGCCAUAUCUACUUUCAACGAGAAGAAAUUGAUGGGACGACCUAUUAAUGUGAUGUUCAAAGAUGACGAUGCUAAAAAGAAUAAAUCUUCUGUCCCAAAGGAAGAGGAUCCAGACGUCGAAUCAUCUGAGCAGAGUGGUAGUUAAGCAUGAACUCUUCUGAGAACCACGAAGACAAGUUAAACUAAUAGAUCUGUGGCAACUGGAUACAUAUAUAACUGACUGAUGGGAUGCCAUACUGCUGCUCCGUUUCGCUUGUUCAGGAACUCAUGAAUUUUUAAAUACCAUGCUCUGCAAAUUCUCCACUUGAUAUCGGUAACAUCCGGAGGUCAUCAAUUCUGGGAGUACAAAUAUCUCACAUCUGUGGUUUUUGUCAACUGUCCGUAAUAAUUGAUUGUAAACGAGAAACAAGGGUGAAGGAACUCUCACGCAACCUGCUGACGAACUUGACCAUAGUUUUUGUUCGUGAUGAAAUAUUUUAUUUGGAACCAAUGUAUUGCGUUGGUGGUACAUAUACUGGCUAGAAAUAUUUUCUCAAGUCCUACCUGCCACGUUAAUAUGACUUCCACACUUCCAAAUUGUUCAUUGGGUUAUCCUUCUGAA